AUGGCGAAAUUGACCAGCCGAGCACGAAGUCUGAGACAUGAAGGGCUCGAGAAUUUGAAGGUUCGUAAAGCGAGCGAGGGAGAGAGGAAAGAGAGAUUGUGUUUGGGUGAAGAUGAGAGAAACCCUAAGGCUAGAGGAGAGGUCGCAGUGGGGAUGAAGAAGACGAUGGUGACGUGGAGGAAAGUGCGCCGUCUGAUUUUGCGAGGAGGAAGAUGGAGAGCGAAAAGACGAAAAGGGGCACCGAGCGGGAAAGAGAAAAGCGUAAGCGUGUGUGUGCAGCGCAGAGGUAGAGAAAAGAAAGAGAAGAGGAAGGAAAGCAACAGCAGCCAACAGAGGGAGAGCGAGUUCACUCAGUGA